AACUUGCAAUUUAGGUUUUUUGUUUUUUUAAGAAGAAAAAAAAAGUAUCAUGUCUCACAUAGCAGUGGAGAGAAACAGGAGAAGACAAAUGAAUGAAAAUCUCAAGGUUUUGCGUUCCUUAACUCCUUGUUUCUACAUCAAAAGGGGCGAUCAAGCAUCAAUAAUAGCAGGAGUGAUUGAAUUCAUCAAGGAAUUACACCUUGUUCUUCAAUCUCUUGAGGCGAAAAAGCGACGAAAGAGCCUAAGCCCUAGCCCUGGUCCUAGUACUCCAAGGCUAUUGCAACUAAGUCCUACACCUGAAAGUACUCCAUUUAUUACUCAUAAUAACUUCAAGGAACUUGGAGCAUGUUGUAAUUCCCCAGUGGCUGAUGUUGAAGCAAGAAUAUGUGGAUCAAAUGUUAUGUUGAGAACAAUUUCAAAGAGGAUUCCAGGUCAAAUUGUGAAGAUAAUCAAUGUGUUAGAGAAACUUUCUUUUGAGAUUCUUCAUCUCAACAUCAGUACCAUGCAGGAUACUGUUCUAUACUCCUUUGUCAUCAAGAUAGGACUGGAGUGCCAACUUAGUGUGGAAGAUCUAGCACUGGAAGUUCAAAAAAGCUUCACCUCAUCUGAUGUUUUAUGUAUCAACGAGAUAUAGAAUCUACAAAAUAAAAUAAUAAUAUAUAUGUAGUACUCCAUCUAAUAUUAUCUUCUUACGCUUUAGUGCUAUAUAUCUUUUGGAUAUAUGUAUACAAAGUGUAAGAAGAUAAUUUUGGAAUGUAACAAAUAAUUUCCAACAUUUUAAGGUUGGAUUUAGUACGUGAAACGCACUAUUACAUGACUAGGUAUACUUGUGGUAUGGAAGUCUGAAAUAGAAAGUUGAGGAUAUAUAUAUAUACGUACUAUAUAUAGAAAAAUCGACUUUAUCUUUCUAUCUUUUUGUUAUUUUGUAUGUUUUAUUAUAAGA